UACAUUUAACCCAUUCCAUUUUUUUUCCGUUUUCAACUUUUGCUUUCUAGAAUACCAACGAAGCUUUUGCUUCAAUGAAAUAAGGUGAACGCAUUUCAAUUUCCCCUUCCAACCCUUGUUAGAUCGAAUCAUACUGAACACAAAGAAAGAUGGCGGGUAAUUGUACACUGUUUAUAGAAGACCAACACUACUGCAAAAUUAUCGCCAUUGUCAAGCAGACGGUCGCUUCUUUUUCUUUGGUUGCCAGCCUCUUCAUAAUAUUUGUUAUAUGGCUUUUCAGAAAGUACAAGUAUUUUGUGCAGAGACUUAUUUUGGCUCUUACUUCUGCUGCUUGUCUCGACAGUAUAAGCUAUCUACUGACAGGUGUUCCUCCAGAUGACAACACUUUAUGUGACUUUCAGGCCUGGCUUCUUUCGUUUACAAGUUUCUCUGUCCUUCUGUGGGUUUGCUGCAUCACCUUUAACUUAUACUGGAAUGCUAUAAAAGAAGUCAAAACAGAUAAAUUUGAAAAAUAUUAUCACCUUGUCUCAUGGGGAAUCCCCUUUGUAGUGGCCUGCUUACCUCUGAUCAAUGACCAUUAUGGACCUGCAGGGGCCUGGUGUUGGAUUUCAAAACAAAGUGACAACAGCGUAGCAUGGAGAUUCGCCACAUAUUAUAUUCCUGUGUAUCUCUGUAUCAUUGGACUUUUUGUUGUUUAUUCUUACAUCUUCAUAACAAUUAGGAGACAGAUAAAACGUUGGGAGGGUACAUACAAUGCUGAAGCUGACAGAAGCAAAGAGCUGAUGAAACAGGACAUUAGGCCACUGAUGUGGUACCCUGUAGUUUAUCUUUUGACAACAAUAUGUCCUCUCAUAGACAGAAUUCAGAAUGCAGCAAGCCCCCAACCCAAUUUCACAUUGCUGCUGCUUCAAGUACUGUCUAGUCCCCUGGUUGGAAUGUUAAAUGCAAUUGUCUUUGGUAUGGAUAAGGAAACAUUGAGCAGGCUGAACUGCAUCCAAAUGAAGGUUGCUUUGAUACAACACACAGCAGCUAAGAAGCCUCUUGUUCGGGAGUAUCCUGUUGGAGAAACAAAUGAAGUCAGACCCAAUGAUGAUUCAUCCUGGUCCUCAGCUACAUCAACAGAAUCCCCAUAUCCACCCUCUCCCACACCAGUUGCUGCACCACCUCCUCCCUUAGAUGAGCAGGUAGCAACCUAAGAUGAAACAGGCUGCUGCUGUGUAAUGUAAUGUUCUAUACUAAAAUGGCCUGCUUUGUUGUAAAAUUUAAUUUUGGAAAUCACGGUAGAAUAAGUAUUUCAGACAUGUGCAACUCAACACCUUGAAUUAUGUAAGUACACCAGUCAGCAUUUCAAGUGU